AAGAGUGCCAGACGUGGCCGGAAGGCAGCGGAGCUGAGCGCAAAACUGAGAGUGUUCGGAAAUUGGAAGACUUGGUGGCGAAAGAGGGUCAGGACUCAGAUCCCACCUCGGAGAGUGGGCGACGUGUCCGGGAUGUGGGAUCGGAGGCUGGUGCGGUUGGCCGUUGUACAGCAGCUUCGGGCUGUUUAUGGCAUUAAGGUCAAGGGUGGCCGUGGGCAGUGCGAUCGCAGGAGACCGGAGACAGCAGCCACGGAAAUCGUGGGUAAACUGUUUGGAGUACCUUUUAAUACAUUGCCCCAGUCUGUUGUUCCAGAAUAUGGACAUAUUCCAAGUUUUCUUGUUGAUGCUUGCACAUCUUUAGAAGAACAUAUUCAUACAGAAGGGCUUUUUAGGAAAUCAGGAUCUGUUAUUCGUCUAAAAGCACUAAAGAAUAAACUGGAUCAUGGUGAAAGAUGCCUGUCUUCUGCACCUCCUUGUGAUAUUGCAGGGCUUCUUAAGCAGUUUUUUAGGGAAUUGCCAGAGCCCGUUCUCCCAGCUGAUUUGCAUGAAGCACUUUUCAAAGCUCAACAAUUAAGAAAGGAGGAGAAGAAUAAAGCUACAUUGUUGCUUUCCUGUCUUAUGGCCGACCACACAAUUGAUAUAUUAAGAUACUUCUUUAACUUUCUCAGGAAAGUUUCUCUUAGGUGCAGUGAGAAUAAGAUGGAUAGCAGCAAUCUUGCUGUGAUAUUUGCACCAAAUCUUCUUCAGACAAGUGAAAGGCAUGAGAAGAUGUCUGCUAACACAGAAAAAAAGCUACGAUUACAGGCUGCAAUAGUACAAACUCUUAUUGAUUAUGCAUCAGAUAUUGGGCAUGUUCCAGAUUUUAUCCUAGAAAAGAUACCAGCUAUGUUGGGUAUUGAUGAUCUCUGUGCUACUCCAUCACUAGAAGGCUUUGAAGAAGGUGAUUAUGAAACACCUGGUGACUAUAAGAGAAAGAGAAGACAAAGUGUAGGAG